GCAUGCGUGAAAGCUGUUUUCCAGCAAAAUUUGCAUCGUCACAUUUUUUCCUACGGAGCCUGAUUAGAAGUCCUUAGCGUCCCUUACUUAGGUAGGAACUACUUCCAAAGAUUGACGCAACUCUAAUGAACCGCUGGGUGUUGGUGUGUCAACUUGAGUUUAGCUAAACUAAUCCAUCGCCGGCUGGGCUUGCCUUGGGCUGUACGGUACCGGAAAGCUAACGGUAGCUGGUGCUGCCUCUGGCGGGCGCGCGGCGCUGUACGGUACCGUACGUUGUUGUGGAUCGGAGGCACCCGAGCAGCUGGAAUCCUGGAUGCAGCUGAACCAAACAGUGCAGUGUCAUCAUCAACUUGAAGUCAACAAGGAUCGCCAAGAAUAGGUAGAGAACAGACCAGAAUCAUGUCCAUCAAAUUAGAAGUUCUAGAGGACGAAGUUGACCCAUCCCCUGACCAAUGGUCAAAUUUAAAUGACCCUCAUCAGCCAGAAGGAACUUUGAGUAUGACUGGUACAAUAUGUGUGAGAGGGCAUUCUUAUAUCACUGGCAGAGAGCUGCAGGAGGACGAAGGCAAAGAAGCAAAAGAGUGGAGUCCUCAAAGCAUCAAGGAGAAUACGGAGAAUGACAUAGAAAUUUCAGUAAAGGAGGAGAAGGAUGGGGAAUUGGUUGAAAGAGAAGUGGACGAACCAAGACUGGAGAACAUCGAGGAGGAGGAUGGAAUAGUGAGGGGACUCAAGGAGGAGAUUGGCGAGGAAGAGGAGGCGGAGGAGGUAGACGGAAUGAUCGAUGGCUGGAUAGAAGAUGAUGACGAUCUCGAAGGUCCGAUGGAAAAAGACAAUUUUGAUGAAGAUGAAAAGACCAGACAGGAGGUAAAAGAAAAGGAUUCACAUUCGGCUCGUGAUCAUGGAGAAUACCGACAAGUCAAUCCCACUCAAGACACUAUUAGUAAUAGGGAAUCACCAACUCAAAGUUCUGACCAUGAUCAGGAUGAUGAAAACGAAUCUGAUACAGCUGACAACAGUGAAAUGACAUCUCGGGAAACAUCCGAUGAUGCAAGCAAAAAACGAUUUUUGUGUACGAAGUGCGGACGUAGAUUCUUGAGAAAACAUGGUUUGAUGAUCCACAUGAGAGCCCAUGAGGGAAUCAAACCGUACAAAUGCUCUUCCUGCUUCUCAACAUUCACCCAAAUGCACCGCCUUAACAUACACAUGAAGAAGCACAAGGGAGAAGCGCCACGCUUCAAGUGUUCCGAUUGUGGCAAAACGUUUUACGAAAACAGCGCUUGCAAAAAGCACAUGAAGAUUCACAAAGAAGAGAAGGCCUACAGCUGUGAUAUGUGCGAGAAGAGCUUUAUUUUUAAGAAUCAACUCGAUCGGCAUCUCCGGAGCCAUACAGGCGAGAAACCUUUUCAGUGCCCAACCUGUGAGAAGCGAUUUGCCCUUGGUUGUGCUCUUACGCGUCAUGUCAGAAUACACACAGGUGAACGGCCGUAUCAGUGCUUGACUUGUUUCAUGGAAUUUAGACAAGUAAGUCAUCUGAUAGGGCAUAUGAAAACCCACACAGGUGAGAAGCCAUUCGAGUGCAAGGUGUGCACUAAGCGAUUCCCUGUCCGGAGCGAACUCUCAAGACAUGAAAGAACACACAGCAGAGACAGGCAGUGCUACAAGUGUCCAGAUUGCGAGAAAACCUUCACCCUGAAGAAGUAUUUCCGGAAGCAUGCGCGAAUUCACAGACCAGAGAAAAGAAAUGAUCCUGCAGCUUGUCCGGAAAAGAAAACCCCUUUAGAAAAGAGAUUGAAGUGUCCAAACUGUGACAAGAUGUUUUCCAGCAAGAGUGCUCUUGCACGACACACCCUGAUCCACUCCGAUGAAAAACCUUACCAGUGCGAUCAAUGUCAGAUGAGGUUUAGGCAAGAGAAUCACCUGAAGGGACACUUGAUGAUACACACUGGGGAGAAACCAUUUGAAUGUCACAUCUGCCAGAGGCGGUUCAUCACCAACAGCCAGCGAAAAAAGCACCUCAUUGUCCACUCGGCAGAGAAACCCUUCCGAUGCUCCAAAUGCACCAAGGGGUUCUCUUACAAGAGAACAUUGGAAGAACAUAUGAAUGUCCAUAACGGAGCUCGGCCUUUUCAUUGUGCUGUUUGUGAGAAGAAAUUUAGUCAUAGGAGUUGUCUUUCAGCACAUGCUAAAACCCACAAAUGAGAGAAACUGCGAUGACUGUUGUGCAGAUAUUUGCAUAUUAAUGUCUUUGAAGUCCAGAGGCCCGUAACACGAAACUUAGCAAUGAUCGUACACCAUUUUUCUACGAUUGAUGACAUUGACUACAAUGUACAAUCAAUCGUGACAGUCAUGCAUACGAUAAUCGCUAACCUUUGUGUUACGUGACCUAGGUAAUUUUUUGAAGAUAUAUUGUAUAGGGUCAGCAUAGAUAUAAACUUUUAGGUUCAGAAUGAUGUGAAUAUCAUGAUUCCAUUCCUUUGUCCUUGGCGGACUAUGAACGCAAUUCUGGGCUCAUUACCAUAAUGGUAACUCUGCCAUUUUAUGGUAUCUUGCAUGGAAUCCUUGAUUUUGAUUGGCUGUUGAUCACUGUAACCAUGGUAAUUAUCAUAGGAUGGCAAAGUUACCAUAAUAAUUUUUUUAUGUCACAGGGCCCAGAUUAAAAAUAAUUAGAGGUACUAGUAUUUGUUCUAAUUCUAUCAUGUCUGUGCCAUGGACCGGUGAUGGCAUUUGUGGUAAAAUUGCUGACCUGCAAGCAACAGAUGAGAGGUUCAAACCUCGCUGGUUCCAAGAUUUUUCACCGACUUACCGACCAGUAUUCUUCAUAUCCUCUAUGCAUUCUCAUUUUAUGGGUGCAUCAAGAAAUUCUAUCCCCAGUAUCAAACUUUUUGAGCAAGCCUUAGCAUUCUUAUCCAGGUAAUGUUUGUAAACGCCAAUGAAACCAUCUCCAUAUCGACCAAUAGUACAUAUGUCAUUGCAUAUUGUUAUGUGAAUGGUGCUCCAACGAGAAUUGCACCUCAGCUAAUGUCUCGGAAGAUAAGGGUUAUUGUUAUAAUUUGGUUCUUCUGUAGGUUUUGAAUGAUGUAAAAUCUAUGAAUGUUGCUGUAAGGUUUGAAGUCAAUGUUUAUGAUUAGAAUAAGCCAGCUCGAUUUCUGAUAUGCAGUGCAGGCAUUUGAACAAAUGCGAAUGUGAUCUGUUUCAAAGCAAUGCAUGGAGCACUCCGAUAUAAAGUUUUCAAGAAAUUGAGCUCUGUCUUUUAGACUUUAUGCCUGGGUUUCUCCAGCACAGGUUAGCCCAUCAAUACCAUGGUGCUCUUGACCUCCAAAAUAAUAAGCCCUACUCCCUCCCCCGUGUUUUUAUGUAGGUUUUUCCUAUCAGAUACUCCUUUUUUUCCGUUUAUUAGUCUGCCAUUGAAAUGACAUUAUUUAAAUUCAAGUGAGAUGAAUUGUUUGCAUAUACAUGUAGAGUAUAACAAAAAUAGAUGAUAAAGUUUUUGUUUCAACAUGUAAGGUACUCUGUAGUCCUGAAACUGACUGUUUGGUAAUAUUUCUGAUAAUAGUUUAUUAAAACAUUACGAUGCUUACAUGUACAUUAAUUACUACUAGAAGGGUAUACAAAAAUGUUAUUUUAAUUUUCUAUUACUUGUAGGAAUGCUAAUUGUACUUACGCUACAUGUACAUCUUACAGUCCAGUGUGUGCGGUAUGGAUAACGGUGUUCAUUAGUUUACAUAAAUGAAAAAAUGUAUAUUAUGUUCCUUGACUUUUUGAAAAAAAAUGUACAGUAUGUAAAAAGGUUAUGCUGAUCAACUUAUAUCAUCAGUGAUUAUUAGAAAGGCAUUUCUAAAGAGGAGACAUAGCUUGAGGCAUUUGGUAUUGCUUUCGGGCAUGGGAAAUAAAAAAGAGAAUAUGCUGGCAUAGUCAAGCACUAAGCAUCCAACUUCGGGGGCAAUCCAAUUUUGUCAGGAGGAUAAAUAGUUAAAGAAAUUAAGAUAGUGAGUCAGAUCAUUUUUGUAAAGAAAAUACUGAACAUGGAUCAGUAUCAAAAAUACCUCCUAAGUUUUUAUAAUUUGAAAAUUUAUUCUGAAAUAAUAAUUGUUUCUUGUAUAUAUAGGUAAUUUGGUUUACCUAUUAAUAAAGAAGUUCACUUACUCGUUGUCCUGUGUUGCUACAUCAACUCACAACUGGGCGCUGAUCCUGGUUUAUUGUCAUUCACAGUAUAUAUACAUAAAAGUUCAAAAGGAAAUGUUUUCCUGUUGCAAUAAUCACAAUAUAUCAGAGCUCUGUAAAAAUGGUCCUCCAAUCAAAAGUAAUGAUAUUCGCGAAGUCCACGAAUGCGAAAUAAAUGUGUAGAAAUACUACUGAGCGAGUCCGGAAGGUGAAAAUAGUAGUAAGAUGAAUAACACAAAAAAUACUUGAAAAAUAAGGAGAGGUGGUGUGGUACAUCCAAGUGUUAUGGAAGUUGGGAGCACA